AUGUUUCAUCUCUUCAACGUGUCGAUGAGCAUUGGCGCCGCACUCAAGGUGGACGGGACACUCCGGCUCUCAUCUUUGACGCGCCGAUACGAGCCGCCCUCCAAGAAGCGCAAGGGCAACGACGAGCUCACGGUGACGGCAGCGAUGGCCAAGGAAGAGCCGGUCGAGAUCACGUCGCAGCAGCUCAAGGGUCUCAAGGUCGACAACGAGGAGCUGCGCGGCGACAACAAGGAGCUUCGCGACCAGCUCAAGCCGCUCGUGGCCGACAAUCUGCAGCUUCCCAGUCGACCAGACCAUUAA